AUGGUCCAAUCUCCGUCCAGCUCGUCCGGAGAGGAGGAGGAAGAGGACUUUAUGUCUGACAAGUUCCUGGAUGUGGCGACGGCGGGUGCGCCCGGCGGCAAGAAGGCUGGCUCGGCGAGUGCAGAGACGUACAGCGAGCGCAGGCGCAAGGAGCUGAAUCGUGCCACGGAACGGGGCCGGAUACUUAGUCGCGCCGAACGAGAACGGCUUGCGCGACGGCAAGGGCUGGGGAGGAGUUUGAUUGAGAUUGCAGAGGGCGAGGACAGGGGAAAGCGCAAGAGGGAAGAGGAAGAAAAAGAGCAGGGCGAGAGCAAGGCGUUGAGGAUGAUGAAGGCCAUGGGCUACGUCGCUGGCGACACUCUCGGAAAGAAGGACGAUGACGGCGGCGACGAUGACAAAGAGGCGCCUCCGGCUGAUGAAGAGGCAGACGGAGGAAAGGGACGCGACAUGACCGCCCCCCUUCCGAUCGAUGAACGAUGGAUCGGUGCUCGUGUUCGGCACGGCAUAGGUCUCCUGUCGAGAUCGAUUCACGCAGCGUCUGAGAAGCAGGCCGAGGAGGCUGCCAAAGGCGAUCUUGAAGACUUUAGAAAGAGGGCGACAAAGGAGCACGAAGCGAGGCAUUGCGAGGCGUUGCUCAAGAGAGCGAGAAAGACGUGCGAAGACCUCGACCGACAGCAGGACAUCGAGUAUUCCCCGCUCUGGCUCGACCCACAGCUCCUCUACAUCAAGAAGGAUGAUCUUGCACUUGAUCGUGCGCGCCUCAUUGAACAGGCCCUCGACGAGGACGACGAAGAAGAACCAGAAGCUACAAAAGCAACCAAAGAGGGAAGCAAUGAGCCAGAGCAGACGCCAUCGCAGCGUCGACAAGAAGCAAAGCAAUUCAUCAACCUCGAACCCAAGGCUCGGCUAGACAUCACCCUCUCCCACCUCCGCUUUGCCCAUUUCUACUGCCUCUUUUGCGGCGAAAAGUACGGUUCGCAAGACGAAUUGCAGCAAGUCUGCCCAGGCGAGGAAGAAGAUGAUCAUUGA